AAUACUAUGCUCUUUGAUAAAUACAAAUUAUUUUAACAAAAUGGCUGAACUAUAAAGACGUGUUUCGAUUUUUGUAUCAAAAUGGAGCUAUUAAGCGAGUAUUAUUAUCAAACAAACGAAUUUUCAAGUUGUUCUGACGUAAGAAACAUUUCUUGUGGUGAGACAGUGUAUAGUACGGAGAGACUUAAGAUCUACGAUUCAGGACCUUGUGAGGCCCAGGAAGUGUCUAUUAUCGGUUUGAAGUGUUAUAGACUUAUUCAUAAGCCUUUUUCAGACUUUUCAUUUUUGUGCAAUAACAAAAACAUGCCUGUGUGAGUGUAAAAUGACUUAGCAUCCUCUAUAAACUUUAAAAUCCUUUAAAAAUGAAUAAUGUACAUGUUUGUCGUACGCGUAAUCGCAACGAACCAAAAAUGUUCUCGCCAGUAAACUUUUCCAUAACCAAUUAUUCCACGGACGCCCAAUCGAAAGCAAUGAAAAACCCUUUGGGAGACGCACUAUUUUUUAAUAACAUUAAUAAUUUGCACUUAAUUCCGGACCCGUUGAAAAAGAAUUUGGCUGAUUCAGUGAUAACAGGGACAAUGGAACAAAGGAAAGAGCGUGAUAAGUUUGAGAAACCCCCACCAACGUCUGAGUCUGGAACGUUAGGUUCUCUAGGUGGCAUUACCAACUUUUUUUCUGGUGUGUUCAAUGUCAUGACUGCUAUGUUUCAAAAAAGGGCUUCUUCACCCACCACCCAAUAUUAUGAUUGUUUCGACGCUGUUGAUGACGGACAAAUGACACCGUCUCUACCUUGGCAGCCAGCCAAGUUUGAGGUUCAAAAUAGGAAUUCGACUCCUAAUUCCAAUGAUAUGGAUAAUAUGACUGUAAUCGCUAAUUGCAAGGAUAAAAUAAACAAUGUACACUUACUCCUCAAUGGAAACAUUCAAAAGUGUCCUGCAACAAUGUAUGUUGAGCCUAAAUCCGUAGAAGACUCAUUUGAAGAUGCAUUUUGCCCAGAAAACAUUGUUCAGUUAGCAAAUGAUACCUUAAUUGAAUGUUACACUGCAUAUAAUCAACAUCAGCAAGAAUUACUUGAAGUAGAAGCCCCAGUUAUUAAGACUGAGUUUUGUAAUGAAUCUACCGAUAUUGUUAAGAUUUUACCUGAAACUGAUAGAAAACAACCAGAUAUGGAUAGGACUGAAAAAGAUUUAAAUACAGUUACUUGCAAUUCAAAAGAAAGAGAAAUUGUAUCCACUUGUGAAGUUAAGUUAAAUAAAUUAAAAGAACUCUUGCAAUGUAAACAUAAACAAAAUGUAAACUCAGUUCAAGAAACAACAGCUAUACCCAUUAAGGGAGUAAUAUCAUCUUCAUUUGCCAAUGAAAUUGAUGCACCUCGAGAAACAAAAAAUAGUUUUGAUGAGGUAAAUGGCAGAUUUUACUCUUCAUCUGUAGACAGUGAUGAUUCGUUUCAAAUUGUAUUCACAGAUCGGAAAAGAAUACCAUCUGAUUGUGAGUCGGAAGAUUCCUUUAUUGUGUUUGAUGAGUCACCAGAUUGUUACACAAAUGUUGAUGUGUUUGGUUCAGAUUCGGAAUCUGAAACAGAAGAUUCAGGUUAUGUUAUGACAUGCCUAAAUCAUUCCCUAUCAAGGACUUUUGGAGAUUUAACCGAUGAUAGCUUAUAUGGAAAUGACGUUGUUGACUGUGCUGUACAGCCGGGUCAUGCAGUUGAACCAGAGAAGAUAACUAUGUCAGAUGCCACCCAAAGCAAAAUACCAACAGAGGACAAGAAUCAAAAGCCAUUUAAAAAGGUCCGUUUCUCUACCGACCCACCAAAGGUCCAUGUAAUGAGGGUGUGGGCUUUUGCAGCUCGACAAGCGAGAGCUGGUCACUGGGAAAGACACGCCUUGGACCGGGAUCGAUUUAGACGAAGGAUCGCGGACGUAGAAAUGGGUAUAUCCUGGGUUCUGAAGCCGCAACACCGAACUCGUGUGAUGUUCCAACGCUUUAUGCCUUGGUGGAAUGCUGAAAAGCGAAGAGAAUUAGAGGAAAGAAAAGCUCUUGAAAGCGAAAAAGAAUAUUUAGAAAAGGAGACAGAAAAUAAUAAAGAAUACGUAGCAGUCACAGAUUUUGAUUUAAAUGAGAGCGAAAAUGCAGGUGAUAAUAUUUCAUUAAAAGAAAAUACAGGUUGUGGUGGCAAUAUAUCAUUAAACAAUAUGAGUGAUAAUGGACUACUGAAUAAUGAAUUACAUACAUUCAAUAGUUUAGAUUGCAAAGGUUGUGAUCAAGAAGUCGAAAAUAUUAGUAAAAGCAAUAUGGAGACGUUAAAACCAAUAAUUGAAACCGGCCACAUUAGAGAAAAAUGCAAUCUUCAAGAUGGACAGAAAUGUACAGAUAAAGAAGAUGAGUCUAUACAUAUAAAUAAAUUUAUUAAAGAAAACGAAUUUCAAAAAAGGGUAGUAAAUGUUACGGGAAAUACAGAUAAUGGCCUUGAUUCUGAUAAUAAUGUGGAUGACAAAUGACGAAGGAGUAAAUUUGCUAAAGUAUUUGUUAGUGGGUAGUUGUAAAUAAAAGAAUCCAUACUUAUAAUUAUUGAGAAAAAACAUGCUUAACAUUAAAAAAAUAUUAUGGUUGUUUAAAAUCAUAUUUGUAUAAAAAUAUAGGAAACUGAUACCAAAUUCAAAAUUGUCAUGCCUCACAAUUUUUAAGGUUUUUUCGGAAAGAUUGGUAUCAGUGUUAGUGUAUGGGGCGUGGCUUGCUAUGACACGCCUUUGGCGCUGAUAUUGGUGCCAAUAUUAAUAAAGAAGCAAUUAAUAUACAGCUCUACGAAAAAAAAAAUCAAAGAAAUUCUAGGGGUUGCUCAAAAUAAUUAUAUAGAUAUAUUGAUAAUGAUUAUUUUAAAAAUUGGAAAAGAUAUGGGUAAACCUCUUACUCGGGUUUUUAAAGUCGUUGAAAAAUAGGAUGCGUCUAUUUUCAUAGACACCGAGGUAACUAGACAUAUGGAUUCUUUUAUUUAUCAACAGUCGUAAUAAAUAUAGAUAUUAUUUUGCAUAAAAUGUGCUGAAAAUAUAUGAAAGAUAUGUAUUCCUAUAAGAAAAUUUAUUGGUUAAAACGAAAGUAAUGAAAUACUACGAAGUGAGGGGAUUUUGUUAGUAAAAUAGGGAUGCUAAGUGCCUCAAUCUAGUUAUCUAGAUAGCACAAAUAAAAAAUGUAAUAUAUGUUAAAUAAAAUCUAUAUAAGUAAUAUAUCUAUCUUAUAUAAGUAAUCG